GGGGCCCGGUGGCCAGAGACUCGUCAACCGGAGGAACCACCCACUGCAUCAAGGCGGUGGACGUGAUCCUGAGAAAUAGACACGGUGUCAUAAUUGAACCAGGUUCAGUGGCAGCCCACUCCGUCGAGAUCCUGUACAGAUCUCAUAAGGGCGACCAGGUACGCCAAGGAACCGUCAUCCGACACUACCGAUCCGGUGAAAGCCACUUGUGCCCAGUAAUCGCAGCGGAGACGUGUUUACGCGUACGUCCGCGUUGGCUGCAUGGCGGCAGACGCCUCGGCCCAUUCCUAACCUCGGUGAACGCUACCUCGACGAUCAAGAAAUCCGAAGUGGCCAUACUAAUCAAACAAGUGGCACGAACCCAAGGAUUGGAUCCAAGCAACUAUGCGUGUCAUUCGAUGCGAAUCGGUGGUGCCUGUGCACUACUCGCGGCCGGGAAAAGGGAAACAGUCAUUCGACUUAUGGGAAGAUGCGGGAUGGCAGGAAUGCGGAGAAUCGCUACGACCGGCAGUCUCAGCGUCCUGCCAGACACGACAUGCCGUGUCCUCGUGAUCAAGGGCAACGCCGACCACGAGACGAAGACAUCGUACAGCACACGAUCUCGGAGCUGA